AUGGUUGGAAAAGCCAUGGCCGCAACUUCGCGUGAAAACCUCGCAAGUCUCAUCCACUCAGCCAAAUUGGCCAUUGACAUACCUUCAAAGCUCGACUCAUUGCGCAAAUUGAAGAAUGAACUUCCUCAAGAAGAUCCUGUCAUUCUCACUGAGUUCCUCCCCCCGCUUUUCGACUUCCUCUCAGAUCGUUUCAGUCCUGUUCGCAAAUUUGUCACCGAGAUGAUUGGUGAAAUUGGAUUGAUGAACACUGAAUUCUUGCCUGAUAUUGUGCCUGUGUUGAUUGAUGUCUUGGAUGAUGAUACACCUGCUGUUGUUCGCCAAGCUAUACUGUGUGGAAUUGAUUUGUUUCGUUACACACUCGAGAAAAUUGCGGUUCAGGGUCUAUAUUCUAGUGAUUUAGACAGCGCAGUUGAAUCUGCGUGGGAGUGGAUGAUUAAAUUCAAAGACAAAGUAUACUCAAUAGCAUUUCAAAAUGGAAGGGGUGGAGCAAAGCUGCUGGCAUUGAAGUUUGUUGAAGCAGUUAUUCAUCUUUACACACUUGAUCCUAAUGGUUCCACAGAACCCACUUCUCAUCAAGGAAAACAACCGGUAUUUAAUAUCUCAUGGCUGAGGCGGGAUCAUCCUGUACUUAACAUUGGAGAUUUGUCAAUGGAAGCCAGUCAUAAUUUGGGUCUCUUGCUUGAUCAACUUAGGUUUCCAACUGUGAAGUCUCUUAGUAACUCAGUAAUCAUUGUGCUGAUUAAAAGUCUUUCAGCAAUUGCUAUAGACAGGCCUGCAUUCUAUGGUCGCAUCUUGCCAGUUUUGCUCAGUUUGGAACCCUCAAGCUCUGUUGUUAAUGGGGUCUGUGUGUCUGCUGCACAUCUUGCUCUAAAGAAGGCCUUUCUUACGUGCACGAAAUGUACACAUCCAAGUGCUGCCCCGUGGAGAGAACGUUUGGCAGGUGCCUUGAAGGAGAUGCAGUCUGAAGGGAAGGCAGAUCAGGUGUUUCAGCCAAUCUCUGCAAGUAACGGAAGUACAUUACCAAGAGAGGAUUAUCAACCAGUUAUCAAGGAAGAGGAUGCUGCAGUAAGUUUGUUUGAUUCAGGGCACAUUAAUUUAGGAAGAAAACGACCAGGAUCACCAAAUGGAGGUGAUUUAGCUGAAGAUGCAGAUGUUUCUGGAAAACGUGUUAGAACAACGAAUGAUGGUUUACAAAAUAAACCUGAAAUGGAAUUAGAUGAAGGUACUGCUAACACACAGGAUGACACUCCUUCGACUGCACCAGCAUCUUCAAAAGGAGAUGCGGAUAAUGGGCCUGUACAGCAGCUUGUUGCCAUGUUUGGUGCUUUGGUUGCUCAAGGUGAAAAGGCUGUUGCAUCUUUGGAAAUUCUUAUCUCAAGUAUUUCUGCUGAUUUACUAGCUGAGGUGGUGAUGGCAAAUAUGCGUUAUCUACCUCCAAAUUGUCCUAAUGCUGAAGGAAAUGAUGAACUGUUGCAUGACAUUAGUAUAUUUGGUUCUCAUGACAAGGCUAAAUAUCCACAAUCAUUUGUGGCUGGUGUUAUGUCACUUUCUAGUACUUUCCCGCCUGUUGCUUCACUUCUUGAUGCUCAUCAAUCAGUGUCCAAUGUUCAUCAAUCAGGGUCCAAUGUUCAUCAAUCAGUGUCCAAUGUUCAUCAAUCAGGGUCCAAUGUUCAUCAAUCAGUGUCCAAUGUUCAUCAAUCAGGGUCCAAUGUUCAUCAAUCAGUGUCCAAUGUGCAUCAAUCAGUGUCCAAUGUUCAUCAAUCAGGGUCCAAUGUUCAUCAAUCAGGGUCCAUUGUUCAUCAAUCAGUGUCCAAUGAUUUAGUGAAGUCUCACGGGGAGGAAGAAAUUUCUUCAACUGGAGUAGAUAGUAGUGUUAUACACUCUGGCAUGAUUCUCUCAUCUCAAAAUGCACCAUCACCUACUGAGUUUCCAUCUUCUGAUACUUGUAUACCUGGAGUGGAGAAUGUCAGCACAACUCUGCCUUGUGACAUAGAUGACGUUGGCAACUUAGAGAGUGGAAUCCCUGGCCUGGAUUCUUUUGGUCGAAAUGAUGCAUUGUCAGAACCUUUGGCUGCUUCCUCAUUGGUUUCCACUGAUAUGCAAAUAGAAGAUGCCAGUCAAGAGCAAGUUACGAGUUUGGAUAAUAGCUCACCCUUGAGCUUAGUUCCAUCAAUAUCCGCAGAUAAAUCUGAGGAGCUGAGCCCAAAAGCAGUUGCUACAGAUGUCAAUAGUUUGGUGUCCUCAACAGCUACUUCAGUUGUGUUACCUUCUCGUCUAGUCUUGCCAAAGAUGAUUGCUCCAGUUGUUGAUCUUGCAGAUGAGCAGAAGGAUCAUUUGCAAAUAUCAUGUUUUAUGCGUAUCAUUGAUGCAUAUAAGCAAAUAUCUGUAGCUGGAGGCUCAAAAGUUCGAUUUUCAAUACUUGCUUAUUUAGGAGUUGAGUUUCCUUUGGAGUUAGACCCGUGGAAAUUGUUACAAAAGCAUAUUUUGAUUGAUUACUCUAGUCAUGAGGGACAUGAGUUGACAUUGCGUGUCCUCUACAGGUUAUUUGGUGAGGCUGAAGUGGAGCCCGACUUCUUUUCUUCCACAACUGCAGCUUCUGUAUACGAAUCAUUCCUCCUAACAGUGGCAGAAGCACUUAGAGAUUCUUUUCCACCUUCGGAUAAAUCAUUAAGUAAACUGCUCGGUGAAUCUCCUUAUUUGCCAAAAUCAGUUUUAAAAAUUUUAGAGAACAUGUGUUCUCCUGGAAAUGGGGAUAAAGAUGAAAAGGAAUCACACACAUUGUAUGCGGAUAGAGUUACUCAAGGUCUAAGUGCUGUAUGGAGUUUGAUUCUUCUAAGGCCUCCCAUUCGAGAUACUUGCUUAAAAAUUGCUUUACAGAGUGCAGGGCAUCACUUGGAAGAAGUGCGCAUGAAAGCAAUACGUCUGGUAGCAAAUAAACUUUAUCCUUUAUCAUCAAUUUCUAAGCAAAUAGAAGAUUUUGCGAAGGAAAUGAUGUUCUCAGUGAUGAGUAGUGAUGCUUCUGAAGCUACAGAUGCUGAAGGGUCCAUUGCUGAUUCACAAAAGCUUGCAACUGAACCACCGUCUUUGAGUGGCAGUACUAAGGAUCUCUCAGAUAAUCGGCAACCAAACAUAUCUGAGGCCACCUCACUACUUUCAGUUUCUGAGGCUCAGAGGGGCAUGUCAUUGUAUUUUGCUUUGUGCACAAAGAAACACUCCCUCUUCCGCGAAAUAUUUGUCAUUUAUAGAAACACAUCAAAAGCAGCAAAGCAGGCUAUUCAUCUUCAGAUUCCCAUACUAGUUCGUACAUUGGGUUCAUCUUCAGUUCUCCUUGAUAUUAUAUCAGAUCCCCCAAAUGGAAGUGAGAAACUCCUAAUGCAGGUGUUGCAUACACUUACUGAUGGUACAAUCCCUUCUAAGGAUUUAAUAUUUACUGUGAAAAGGUUAUAUGAUUCAAAACUUAAGGAUGCAGAGGUUCUUAUUCCAAUAUUGCCAUUCCUACCGAAAAAUGAGGUAAUGCCGGUUUUUGCCAACAUUGUUAAGAUGCCUUUUGAGAAGUUUCAAGAAGCACUUAAUCGCGUAUUGCAGGGAUCAUCACAAUCUGGUCCGGUGCUUACACCAGCUGAAAUAUUAAUUGCUAUUCAUGGAAUUGAUCCUGAAAGAGAUGGAAUUCCCUUAAAAAAGGUAACUGAUGCAUGCAAUGCUUGCUUUGAGCAGCGACAAACUUUUACCCAAGAAGUUCUUGCCAAAGUUUUGAAUCAAUUGGUUGAGCAAAUUCCUCUUCCUUUAUUGUUCAUGCGUACGGUAUUACAAGCAAUAAAUGCUUUUCCAACACUGGUGGACUUUAUUAUGGGGAUUCUCGCUCGCCUUGUGAAGAAGCAGAUAUGGAAACAACCAAAGCUGUGGGUGGGAUUCGUGAAGUGUUUACAAUUGACAAAACCUCAGUCAUUUGGUGUUUUGCUUCAGCUACCUCCACCACAAUUGGAAGCUGCAUUAAAUAAAGUUCCUGCACUGAAGGCACCAUUGAUUUCUCAUGCUAGCCAGCCAGAUAUACAAUCUUCACUUCCCAGGUCCGUGCUGGUUGUUCUUGGCAUUGUUUCCGAUUCUCAGUGUUCAAGUCAGCCAGGUAUUGUUUCCGAUUCUCAGGCUUCAAGUCAGCCAGGCAUUGUUUCCGAUUCUCAAAUUUCAAGUCAGCCACAAACUAGCCAAACACAGACAGCCGAGACAAGCAACUCAGAUAAAGACACAAUGACUGAAAAAUCAAAAGAUUCACCUACAGCGAGCUAA